AUGAACACAACCACUACAACAUCAACAAUGGAAGGUGCACCACCUUCCGAAGCUUCGCAUCAUCCUUCUUCUUCAUCAAACCCCACAACUUAUUUCAACCUCCCUUCGCAUUUCAACUACCCAAACAUUUAUUGUCAUGGAGUCGAAGGUGAAAAUGGAAGUGGGCUUUACUCUGGUUUCCCUAUUAUGCCCCUCAAAUCCGAUGGUUCCCUUUGCUUAAUGGAAGCCAUCACCAGAUCACAAUCACAAGGAAUGGUUAGUUCGACUCCACCAAAACUUGAGAAUUUUUUUGGAGGUGUAACAAUGGGGACCCCUGACUUCGACAGAGGAGGAGCUACAAUGGCUCUUGGUUUAGAUAGUAGUACAAUGUACUACAACCAAAAUCCUGAUCAUCAUGAGACUCUACAACACAACCAUAGACAUCACCAACACCAGAUUCAAACCCAACACUACCCAGAUUACUCCGGUUUCAGAGCUUUGUACCAAACAGUACAACAAGAGGAAGUCAAAGAGGACCAGAAUAUCGUUUCAGAUACUUGUAACCUUCAUCUACCGAGUAUCGGAGAAGAUGACGACAUCACUGGUAUGAAGAACUGGAUUUCAAGAAACUAUCAUUCCGGCGUUGGUUCCGGCGAUCAUGGUGGUGGUAGUGGCGGUGGUUAUGGAGAUUUACAGUCGCUUAGUUUGUCAAUGAGCUUCGGAAAUUGUUCGCAGUCAACCCCAUGUGUUACUGGAUCGCAUUCACAGCAACAAAUCAUGCCUCCUGCUAAUGUCGCUGAUUGCGUCGUUUUGGAUACGAAGAAACGAGGUUCUGAGAAAGUGGAUCAACAGAAGCAGAUUGUUCAUAGAAAGUCGUUGGAUACAUUCGGUCAAAGAACCUCUCAGUAUAGAGGUGUUACAAGGCAUAGAUGGACUGGAAGAUAUGAAGCACAUUUGUGGGACAACAGUUGCAAGAAAGAGGGCCAAAGUAGGAAGGGAAGACAAGUUUAUCUGGGUGGUUAUGAUAUGGAAGAGAAAGCUGCUAGAGCUUAUGAUUUAGCAGCACUUAAAUAUUGGGGUCCUGCGACUCACAUAAAUUUUCCGUUGGAAAACUAUGAACACGAAGUUGUGGAAAUGAAGAACAUGUCGAGACAGGAAUAUGUAGCUCACUUAAGAAGGAGAAGCAGUGGUUUCUCUAGGGGAGCCUCAGUCUAUAGAGGAGUAACAAGACACCAUCAACAUGGUCGAUGGCAAGCUAGGAUCGGCCGUGUGGCAGGGAACAAAGAUCUUUACCUUGGCACAUUCAGCACCCAAGAGGAGGCAGCUGAGGCUUACGAUGUAGCUGCUAUAAAAUUUCGUGGGGUGAAUGCAGUAACGAAUUUUGAUAUUUCAAGGUAUAACGUUGAAAAGAUUAUUGCGAGUAAUACCCUUUUAGCAGGAGAGUUAGCUAGGCGAACCAAAGUAGACCCCACAAACGAGCUCUUGUGUGAACAACCAAAUAUUAAUGGCGAACCUAAAACCAUGUCAAGUGAGCCCACAAUAAACAGGAACAUGUUGGACUGGAAAAUGACACUUUAUGAUCAGAAUGGAAGUAGUAAUGGAGUUGGAAUCGAGGGAGAUGAGUCCUCUAAACUUGGAACGCAUUUGUCGAAUGCUUCUUCAUUGGUGACAAGUUUGAGUAGCUCGAGAGAAGAUAGCCCUGAAAGAAACAAUAAUAAUAAUAAUAAUAAUCUUCCGAUGGUUCUUGAAACACCACCAUCGGCUUCCAACUUUCUUGGUGGUUCAUCGGGUGGUGGAGUCGAUGCAUGGAUUCCAACAGCAGCGACUCAGAUGAGGCCACAUAUUCCUGUUUUUGCUGCAUGGACAGAUGCGUGA